AUGAGCUUCAUCACGAUGCAAGCGAUGAGCGCCAACGCGAGCGCUCCGCGGGCGCCGCAGAGGUCUCCGUUCGCCAUCCAGGAGCUGCUGGGCCUGUCGGACCGCGGCGAGGCCCGGGAGCGCUACUUCGAGGCCCGGGACGAGCGGGUCCUCAACCUGUCCGAGAGCCGCGAGCCUCGUUCCCCCUACACGCCCCAGUUCCCGCUGCCGGCCUCGGUCGCCAGCCGCGUCGCCUACGCCGCAGCCUUCAACGCCCAGGCCGCCGUCGCCGCCGCCUUCCUCCCGGGCCCGCCGCUCCUCCAUCCUCCUCCCGGAUUCCCGCAGAUCAAGUCUCCGUACAGUCCCAACGCGCAGCCUCACCUCACCGCCGCUCGACAAUUUUAUUCAGGAGUAUCAUCCAUAGAAGCAGCGAAAGACUUCACCGUCGACGGUCUGACGGGGUACAACGGGAAGAAGAAGAAGAAAAAACGUAGACACAGCAGGACGAUCUUCACUUCUUAUCAGCUUGAUGAACUGGAGAAGGCGUUUAAGGAUGCUCAUUACCCUGAUGUGUACGCCCGAGAGAUGCUGUCCCUCAAGACAGAUCUGCCUGAAGACAGGAUACAGGUUUGGUUCCAAAACCGUCGAGCGAAGUGGCGGAAGACGGAGAAGUGUUGGGGUCGGUCCACCAUCAUGGCGGAGUACGGGCUGUACGGGGCCAUGGUGCGGCACUCGCUGCCGCUGCCGGAGACCAUCCUCAAGAGCGCCAAGGAGAACGACAACGUGGCGCCCUGGCUGCUCGCUAUACGGAGUCCUCUGUGUGCAGGCAUGCACCGCAAGUCGCUGGAGGCGGCCCAGCACCUCAAGGAGUCAGGCUCGGAGCGCGAGGGUUCAGAGGCGGAGGCCGACCGAGCACCCUCCGCCUCCCCGCACCCGCACGACCAUCAUGAAGCACAGGCUCAAAGCUCCCCGGGUAGUAGCACGACCGCCUCGUCUUCAGCGAAGGGCCGCGCGUCUCCAGAGCCUCCCCUAUACGACGACCCUGAAGCCUUCCGCAACAACAGCAUCGCCUGCCUCCGGGCCAAGGCUCAAGAACACCAGGCCAGGCUACUGUCUAACAAUUUGUUACUGCAGGACUAUUUCCACUUGCAGGUGCGCGGGCUCCAGCGAGCGGGCAGCGCGGGCGCGCCGGUCGAUGAUGACGGCCCCACCGACAUCGACGUCGGCACAGAGCCUCCGCCCCUCGACGCACGCCUCUACUGA